GAGGCCGGAUGCAUGGCUGCCUUGAAUCCAUAGUAGUGCUUUCUUCUGUCUUCCUUUGGCAAAGGAGCAGCUGUAGUCCUCAAUCAACACUGGAAGAGGUUUCCCAUAGCGCCUUAUACUGUAUUUGGCAACAUGAGCCCUGCCCCAUGGUAUAAGGAGAGGCUGCCUUCCAAGUGCUUUCAAGAGCGUGUGACUAACAAAGAGAGGUUCUCGGAUGCACUCAAUGGCCAGCGAUGGAGAUUUCUGAAAAGUGGCCUGGAUGAUUUCAGAAAUGGUUGCCCUCCCCCUUUAGACAAUAUCAUCAUUCAAGGCAAAAAGGGGCCUGUGCCGAUAAUUCUACAAUACAAAAAAGCAGACGCUUCACUGAUGGUGCCAUAUAAAGCCCCAGAACUCCAGACCAGAAGUGAUGUCGUUUACUCCAAACUCAGCGCAACACAGAAAGCAAGGAAAGAUUACAUUGCACAGACCGAGCGCUGCCUAACACAACACCCACUCGCACUUUAUCCUCAUUUGGAGGAGAGUGUGCCAACAGAGCUUUUUCAUGAUGUCAUGGGACUCCUGGAUCCUGAGAUGCAUCUGACAAGAUGCUCAGCUAAAUAUAGCAAAACUGAGGAGAACCUCUCUCAGUAUCAGCUGGAGUAUGGCACAAAACAAGAGAAACGCUUCAGCCCAACUAUCCCGGCCUGGUUGCCUAAAAGGAAAAACCCUUACACGUGGCUUAGUGAAAAAGAAACGGCUGAGAGAGAAAAGGCAGCCAAAAUAGCUUAUGUUCCUCCAUUGGAUGAGAAUGUGAAGCGUGUAACGAAGGAGUUUUGUGAAUGGGUCAGUGCCAUGGGAGGAGAAAACUAUAACAUUGAUGAAGCCACCAUCAUGAAAUUGUUUGACACACGAUAUGAAACCAAGGCCAAGACAUCAGCGGCGCCCAUUAAAAUAGUGGAGCUGUACCAUGUGCCAGGAGAGCUGAGGGAGCUUGUGGGGCAGAUUCCAACCCAAGAUAGAAUUAAGAGCCCUCUAAAGACACCUUCUGAGCCGAAAUGGGGGAAAAUUAAGUACGGAGCUUGGUACCUUCCUCCCAAGAAAUGGAAAAAGAAAAGAGAAAAUGAGAAGGAUGAGAUUCCUGAAUGUCUGCAAGUUUUUCUGGAUUUAAGGAAGAAGAAUAUCCAAAAGGCCCAGGAUGAAGGAUCACCACUUCAUGGAACAUAUGCUUUUGAGAAAUUCCUUGAAAUGAAAGGCUACCGGAAGCCUGAGUUUCUUCUGCAGAUGUUGGCUGCAAGUAGUCCUGACAAGGGAAUAGAGGAGAGUGGAAGUUCCUCAAGGAAGAUAUCUGUGAAGGUUCUUGAAAGCCUUAAAGUGGCAUCUUCCACAGUCUUCUAAGCAGCCAUUUUAGUCAACUAGUGUUUGCUUGAUCUUUGUAAAACUUAGCCAAGAAAUUACUUAGAAUGAGAUACUUUCUCCCUCCCCUUCAUUGGAAACUGUAGAGAAAAAACAUGGUAUGUAAAAUAUAUGAGCGAGUGAAUUAGGAAAAAAAAAAAAACGGACAAGGAUGUCAGACCCUAAUAUUAGCCAUUUAAAGCCUGGGAUAUUACCAGAUAGCUUAAGCUCACCCACUGUACAGGAGAGAAAAGAAUUAUUCAGAUUGUAAUAUAUUUUAAGAGAAACUAAAGAUAUGGAUUGUAAAUAUGAGUGUAAUGUAACUGCACAAUAUGAAAUGUCCCUUGUCAAGUUUAUUAAAUAUGGUCUGUCUCUAAUAAAGUAUCUUAUUCC